AUGACGAAAAAAGGAACAAUUCAUAAGAUUCUGUUGGAUUUGCGCAACGACGCAGUUGCUGAAACGAAACCUGGCAAAGCAAAGCGAAGAACAUCUGUCAAAUCAUGGGGCUUUACUGCAGCCACCGUAGACAGUACGCGGCGCGCUCUAUCGAAGGCUGGAAAAGGUUUAAACGAUGAUGAUACGCAAUCUGGGUCCUUGGCUUACUUUGAGACUUCUCGAAAAAUGUGUAUGGAGGACAUACAAAAUCGCCAAAAAGAGCACCAAGCGACUCGACAGCGACUGCAAGAGCUACGUGCCACCUACUUGUUCGGUCUGAAUCAAAUUUCGACUUUGGAAGAUUUACGGGAUGCUCCUGAUGCUAUUAUGCCUGGAAACUUCCCAUGA